UCACAGCUGCCUUUCAGCACCAACAGCAACUUCAAGAAGCCUGUGGAAUACUCUCUCCACAUUGACUCUACUAUAACUACUUUAUCACCCAAGUGAAUUAUUGAAGGAUUUCAGGUAUGUACUUUCAAUUGAAGCAGAUAUUGACUGUUGCUCUGCUUACUACAGAUGGCUUUAUCCUUGCUUUUUUGAGGUCAGGAGCUCAAGUGCGUUUGACAAGGACAGGUUAUCAGUCUUAUUAAAUAAGGAGUUGCAGUCUUAUUGUGCAUGACUGUGGGGGGUGGUGGCCCUUGUGUGUGAAAGACAUCAGGCAAAAAUAACAGAUUAGGCUUAUCUCUCUCUAUCCAACCUUAAGUUUAUUGGUUAUUUUUGCGCUAUGGAUUUAAUUGACUGAAUGGGAUUGACUUUGCUCAGGGGAGCUUAAAGCUGACUCUAGUUGAGGAAACUCAGUGUUCUAUAGACUGUGUCCUUGCUUUUCACUGGCCAGGGCCUGCAACUUGGUUGGAAGUUUACUUAACAGAACAUAAUGUGACCUUAGUGUGACAUUUUAAAUAAAUGAAUGAUAAGUGCAAAUAACUUGGCUUUUGGACUCUUGUGUGGGGCUCUCAUGGUAUGAUAGGAGGUAACUAAGUAAGUAAUCAUUAAUAAGUAAAUAACAAACUUUUUUUUUCUCCACUUUCCCCACAGGUGCCAGUCAAAAUGAAACUGAUCCUGCAGUCUUUCCUCUACGGCUGUCUGCUGGCCACCAUUGCACAGAGCGUGGCUGGAUUCAAACUUGAAAUGAGCCCAGAGCUCAAAAAGAGGUAAGCUAAUUGAUUAGCUAUUUGUCAAGAUUAGUUUGUUGCAAUGCAUAGUGACCAUGAUAUAAGCACAUACUGUUGUGUACUUUGUGGACUUUUUUGAACAGUUUUUAAUGAGUUGAAUUAAUUUUUUUCUCAGGUUGAGCAUAUGGAUGCAGAGCAGAUCGAGACGAGAUCUAAAAAGUUUUUCUGCAGAGAGGAUAUCAGAGUCUGUACAGUUUGUCAGACCAGAAGACGUCAGGGACACCCUGAUUCCUCAUUCCAGGUAAAAGCCCAUACCAUACAUACCUUUACAUAACUCAAUGUGCAUGGUGCUAUUUCGUUAUCCUUGUGAAAUCAAGAUUUCAAAUGGAAUUAAGAGAUGAAUCACCCUUGUCAAACAAGGCUCAUUAAAGUAUGCACACUGCGCAUGGGAUCUCUGAGCCAAGUUGUGUCCGCUCAGGAAUGCAGCGCAUUAAUUAAUGGUCCUCUCCAUCCUCUUUCUUCCAGCACUGACAUCAGCGUCCGAACCAAGAGAUCAAAAAAUUCAGUGAACCAGGCCUGGAGACCGGGCUGCUCUCUGGGCACCUGCACGGUGCACGACCUGGCCCACCGUAUCCACCAGCUCAACAACAAGCUAAAGAUUGGUAGUGCACCCAUCGACAAGAUCAGCCCACAGGGCUACGGCCGGAGGCGUCGUUCCCUCCCUGAGCGCAGGACCACACUGAGGCUGGAAGGGGGCAGGCUGAGGCCAGUGUGGGGCAACGCAGACUCACAUGUUCACAAGCUGGAGGAGCUGCUCAGACGGACAUGAGCUGGACUUGUACGGGGGAGGAACAGGGGAGGAGAGCAGCAGCCGAGGCUUAGUGUCUCUGCCCUGUUCUAAAAGGCGCAAGUACUGAGCGAUAGCUGCAGUGCCUCUGGAAGCUGGACUCAGCAGAGGCAUCGGCGAUGCAGAGCGCCAAAACAACAGCUGGUCUACAGGCACUGGAUAGCACCGUGAAGAGAGAGAGGGAGAGAUGCUGAGGAUGGUGCUAUCUCUGCACAGCUGAGGGAGAGGAACAAGGUUAAUACAUCGGUACAGACUCAGAAAAGAGGCCACUGCGUAAAUACUGGGACUUAUACACCUCUUCUGCAAAUCCUGGACUUUGAGUUUUACUCUGUGGAUUACAGGAGCCAAUUUCACCAAACCCACUAUACUCAUCUGCACUUUUCAGUCCCAGCCUUCUCAGUCAGACAUCCAUGUGGACCUAAAAUACAUCUAAAGACAUCUGGUCCAUGCCAAACAGGGAGAUAAGACAUAUGGAGAUGGACUUAUAAUAAGGAGCUAUGAAGCUGAAGUUUUUGGACACUGUAUGAGGGAAAUACCUUAGAGAUUGUAUGAAAUAUCUGUGCCAGUCCACAAUGGAUUGAACUAUACUUGAAUAUGUUUUGUAUAAACACAUGUGCAAUCUAUGUAUGUAUAUUUUUAUUUGCCAGUUUGUAUAUAAGAUAUUUCAGAUAUCAUUAUUUAAAUGUUAUAUAGGUUAGAUUCAACUACUUAUGGAGACUAACCUAUUUUCGUACAGGAAGAAAAUAUAAGGGCAUUGUAGCUAUUUGUUGUUUCCACUAUUGUUUGCAUCAUGGAUGUUAUAUGUUUCAAACUGUGGUAAUAGGAUAAAUGGUUUUAUAGCUAUGGUAUAAUAUAUUUGUAAAUGUGGUCUAUUUUAUUUGUGUUGAAGCAAUUAACAUUGUCA